CCGACGCAUACAUGUAGAAUACAGGUAAAUAGCAGAUGUUUCAUUCACUGAUGUCUUAUAAGGGCAACCAAUGUGACUGAAGCUGUUGUAAUCUAUUCUGGCUGGAUUAUUAUCAACUGGAUCGGGUAAUUUUUUCAUCAGACGCAUGAAUCACAGAGACAUUUGAAAGACCUGCUAUGAACAGGCCAAGUAGGCAUGCAUUAAAGGCGAAAAACAUCUCUGGGGACCUAUAACUUGCUCUCUAAACAAACAUUCAAGUCAGAAGGGGCUUAGAAUCUUCCAGAUGAUUCUAUGUGGCACCAAAGCUGGGCUAACGCCACAGAUACGUCUCCGCUCACGUGACUGCCAAGAAGUGUUCACGGAAUACUUGAACUUGCAAGACGCCCGCCCCUCUCUCUCUCUCUCUCUUACUCUCCACACCAUGUCUUACAACAAUUCAUACAACCAUUUUCCUGCCGGCACAGCCCCAAGCUCCCGGCGAUCUUUGAACCCUCACCCUCAUUCAAACUCUUUUCAGAACCAAAACCCAUACGCGCAAACCCCAUACAAUCCACCCCCACCAAGCCCAUACCAACAUGGCCCAAACAAUCCACAAUCUUUCGCCCCUCCCAUGCAAGAGUCUGUGUCCGAUGCUCCGUCGUCGAAGCUCCAGCUCUAUCAAGGCAUGACAUUCUGUCCGGGUCUCCCAAAAUUCCCCGUGGCACGCUACCUCCCUCCUAGGGGCCAGAUAUUGAACUUUAUGGAAAAGCAGUUCCAGGGUCAUGGUCCCUGUCACCUAGAUAACUGCCCACGUUGUGGACAGCCCAAGUCGACACAUCCAGGCAUCUGGUCCGACUGCCAAAACCCCUGCUUCUGCCACGGAAAAAUGAUGCACACUUUCAUGUGCCCGGAUCUCUAUUCGACCACCAACAAGAUUGGCCGCAUUUUCAAAUGGCCAGGCAAAUAUGAAUUACCCUCUUAUGUACAGAUCCAACCGAAUACGGAUGAGGUUGAAAUCCUACGCAAAAACGGAUACAUUAAAAGCACUGGAUCUUUUCAAGACAUAUUGCCGCAGUUUACUGCAAAGGCAUUGUCCCUCGAGAGAGAACUUAAUAUUAUACACCAAGGACCACUAGGCAGACCAGGCUAUGACUACAGCGUCAUGCGCUCCGACCACCGGUAUGCUCCUACUCCUACCUAUGAUGCCAAGAGCAAUCAUGGAGAGGUAUUCCGGCAUGCUACUAGACAAUCAAACAUACCUCCUUCACAGAGACCCCAGAAAAUCCAACAUUCGCUUGGCAUCGCCCAAACUCAAAUAAUGCCUCGGCCUAAUCAACAACCCCCUCAUUCGAACCUGCCUUCUUACGCACCAUCGUGGUACGGAGAUCUUCCAGCGCAAGUCCACUCCGACCUCACGAGAAUCCCCGAGACCCACUCUUCGAGUGUGACAGGGCAUAUUUCGCGCAGGUAUCGUGACAACCAUAGCCAGACCAUCGAAAUUUCGAAUAUUCGGGCUCAAUUAAGUCAAUGUCAAGAAGACCUCCGUCGCCAUCAACAAUACAUAGCUCUUAUGGGGCUCAACCCACUUCCUCCAAUGAGGUCUCUCGCUCCUCAGAUCACUCGCGAGCCAGACGCCAAAGACAGGUUCGCUAACAUGCGGCGCGAUGAAUCUCCCUCGAGCACAUCAAGGACAGAUUAGCCCACAGGCAACGGGAUUUCUCCCGCCAAACACUUCAAAAAAAAGAUAAAUUCGCAAACAUUCGGCAUAAUAUUUCCCCUCUGAGCGCAUCCAAGAAGAACAGGUUCGCAGACUACCGACAAGCAUCAGAACAAAGAGCUGUACGCUUAUUGCGUCAUCUGUUUUUUUAGCGAAUGCGUUUACUUCUCCUUCCGAAGUCCCACAUACCGCGUUGUUACACGCAGCGUGUCUUCCAUAUAUGUUAACAUAACGUAUAUUAUCUAUACCGCGUUGCUACACGCAGCGUGCUUUUAAUAUAUGUUAACACAACGUAUAUUAUCUAUACCGCGUUGCUACACGCAGCGUGUCUUUCAUAUAUGUUGACACAAUGUAUAUCAUCUCUUUCCCGCGUUGUCAUACGCAGCGUGACUUUUCUAGUUCUUGUUAGCUUGCUUUCUUUGCUUUCCUUUUUCUAGAAAAAAAAAAUAGGUGUUUGCCUGAGUGCUCAGGCAAUUCACCGUGGUUUCUUUAUACUGUGUUGCGCCAGAGCUCAUCAAUCGCAAUAGCGUCAAAUCCACAAUAAGUUCUUCCAAUGAAAUUCAUUCUCUCAAUUGUUCGUGCUAUACUAAUGCUACUGUUUCACGCAAACCACUCCAUGCCAUGCAUUUCAAAGCUACAUAAUUCUGUUACAUCCGACGAACUCAACCAGAUACCUGCUUCUGCCACAUAAUACAAGCUCAGUAAAGAUUAUAUAAGUUUAUGGGAGGCGGGGAAAGGAAUAAAGUAACAACUAAGAAAAGAACGCGUGUUAUGUUGAAGCUCACCGGUACCAAGCUAGCAAUAAUGCCCCAAGGGGUAAUAUAGCCGGGCUCGUCUUGUGUGUCAGAGAUGGAAGCGCUCAAAAUGUAGUAGUGGGCCGCUUAGCUCAAGCUCUCAAGUCGUU